GGACGAAAUUGUUCUUGAUUGGAACCGAAUUAUCUACAAUGCUGCAAAUUUUGAUCCCCCCUUAUUUUUAAUCGCGAGAUUAAAGUACGUAUGCGUUGUUUUUGAAGGAGCUAGGAGUUUUAAGAGAUGGAUAAAGAUAAAGAGGAAGAAACAAGUAGCCCUAGUUGGAGCGCGUCGUUCUUCACACAAACAACCGAAGACGUUGCUCGAGCUGUCGCUGCAGCAGCUGCCGCUGUUCGUUCGCCUCGGCCCUCUGUGGUAUAUUCGUCGAACGAUGAAAGCGGUGGACAGAUUCGAAGACUUCAGCACCAAGUUUCAAAAAUAUUAAAGGGCUUAUCCAGUCCUCCACAAGUGAAAAUCGGGUCUUACAACCCGGAAAUACUAACCAGCCAAAAACGACAGUGGGCUAAUUUUCAACUGCAGUUGCUGGAUCACAGAGUCUGGAAGGAGCCAUCGAAACUGUUUGAAAGCAUGGUCGUUUUGGGUCUUCCUCCGAAUUCUGACGUACAAGCACUUCAAAAUCUGUACUUUGCUAGAAAAUUUGAAGGUUCGGGUCGAUUUCGAAAUGCGCUCGGCGGUCAGCACCAGUCUCGUGUGGAGCCUAACCUUGAGCCUCAAGUCUUGUUUGUUUACCCACCGGAGAAACAGCUGCCACUGAAAUACAAGGAUCUUCUCUCGUUCUGCUUUCCUGCCGGAGUAGAGGUGAAUGCUGUUGAAAAAACCCUAUCGAUGAGCGAAUUGAACGAGAUACUCCUCGGGCAGGAGCAUCUCAAACAAAGUGAUCUCUCCUUUGUCUUCCGGCUGCAGGUGGCGGAUGCUUCAAGUCUUUAUGGUUGCUGUGUUUUGGUCGAAGAAAUGAUACAAAAACCAUCGGAGUUAAUCUCUACUAUCUCAGAUGGGCCACCGAUUCGGUCGAGUCUAAGUCGCCAUAUUUUAACCACCCGCCGUUGCUAUUGCAUUCUUUCCAGGCUUCCGUUUUUUGAGCUGCAUUUUGGUGUCUUAAAUAGCCUCUUUACCGAAGAGAGGUUGGAGAGGCUAACGAAGCAGAUAAGUAAUAUGGAUUUCGAUUCGCCUUUAGGCUGUGAUAUGGUUGAAACAUCGGAAGAAAAAACUGAUAUUUUAUCACCGGAAAAUGGAGUAGUCAAAUUGCAAAACGAAACAGUUGAAGCUACUCAAUCAAGUACGACUGGUUGUAUAUCAGAUAGCUUGACAGAUAAUAUGUCCCAGUUCGAGCUUCAAAAUUUAUAUCGAAGCAGCUACUCGAAGAAAGGAAUAAAUGGCAAUGUUGUCCCACUCGAUCCUGAACUACCUUCUUCGAAAGAAGAUAGUCCUUCACCAAAUGCUCUUUUACCAUUACGAAGUUUUCAAGGUUCGUCGAGUGAGGAUAGGCAUUGCCGAAGCGAUUUUGACGAAGCGGAAACACAAGAGGCAUCAUUCUCUGGUCGAGAUAUGUUCAGUGAACAAAGUGACAUUCUCGAGUGGGCAAAGGCGAACAAUCAUGGAUCGUUGCAAAUAAUUUGCGAAUAUUACCAAUUAUGUUGCCCAAAACGUGGUUCGACAAUUAAGUUCCAUCCUUUGGACCACCUGCACCCUCUAGAGUAUCAUAGACCCGACGAAACGGUUUUACGCGUCGGUGGUUCGACCAUUGAUUUGAGAUCUUGCAACACAAGUUUGGAAUUAGCCGAGGUCCACAGUGCACUAAUGGUGGAGGAAGAGGCGGCUGCUUUAUCCGUAUGGGCUGUUGCUUGCCUAUGUGGGUCCCUCCGACUGGAGCAUGUGUUGACAUUAUUUGCAGGUGCCCUACUGGAGAAACAAAUUUUAGUCGUUUGUUCAAAUCUGGGUAUUUUGUCUGCUUUGGUUUUGUCGAUUAUACCCCUGAUUCGGCCUUAUCAAUGGCAGAGCUUGUUAAUGCCGGUCUUGCCAAAUGACAUGCUCGACUUUCUCGAUGCCCCUGUCCCAUACAUAGUAGGUGUAAGGAACAAGACUACUGACGUACAGGCGAAGUUAACAAAUGCCAUUUUAGUAGACGCAAAUCGAAACCAGGUGAAAACACCAACAAUACCACAGCUACCUCAACAUAAAGAACUAUAUUCUUCCCUUAGCCCUUACCAUGCAAAGCUGGUCGGCGAAAGUUAUUUAGGGAAAAAACGGCCCGUUUAUGAAUGUACUGAUGUCCAGGUUGAAGCCGCCAAAGGUUUCUUGGGGGUAUUAAGGUCUUAUUUGGAUAACCUUUGUUCUAACCUCCGUUCUCAUACAAUAACCAAUGUCCAAUCGAAUGAUGACAAGGUAUCACUGCUGUUGAAAGAGAGUUUCAUCGAGUCUUUCCCUAGUCGGGAUCGACCUUUCAUGAAGCUUUUCGUGGACACACAGCUCUUCUCUGUACAUACGGAUUUUGUUCUCUCUUUCUUCCAGAAGGAAUAGUGUAAACCCGAAAACCCGAAAGCCAAACAGAGUUUUGGUAAGGCAAAAUCUCUGUAACUUCUAAACUUCCACAUCUAUUUAUAGUUUAUGAUUAUAUUUUAUUUUUACGUAUAGAAAAAGAUGUCUUGUUUAAUUAAAUAUAGAAUUUGGGGGAGCUUGUAAUGUAUUGCAAUGACAAGUGGACUUGGGAAAAAACUCAAUGAAUACAUAAUUUUGAAGGAUUUAUUAUG